CCGUUUUACCUUUUUCCCUUUCUUCUUUUCUACUAUUGCGCCAUGCUUGCCCCACCUGCUCAUCAUGGUAUGACCGUUUUGAAUAGAGAAGCAUUUAAAACUUCUAUCAAGACUUUGGCCCUUCGUGUUCCCUUGAAGAAAAUCAAACUGGUACAAAAAACUUUAUCAAAUGAUAUCCUUGGAUUGCCUAGAUUACCUAGUGUUGUACGCGACCCUGAAUUCAAUGAAACACGACUUUUACUUUUACGUGACGACUUGAAAGAUGUAAAUGAACUCCCUUCAGAAAGCAAGAAAUUCAUCGAUAACGAGGAACUCAAAGUUGUCACUCAUAAUAUUGAUUUGGAUUAUUCUUAUUGGACAACAGAACAAAUCUUACAUUCCGUGAUACCUGAUACAGUGAAAGAAAUUCCUUCAGCUUAUACUCAAGUUGGUCAUAUUGCUCACAUGAAUCUUCGUGAAGAAUUGUAUCCUUGGAAGCAUCUUAUUGGUCAAGUCUUUUUGGAUAAAAAUAAAAACAUUACCAGUGUAGUCAAUAAAAUCAACAGUAUCGAUACCACGUUCCGAUUCUUCAAGAUGGAAGUCUUGGCUGGUGACUCUAACAUGAUUGCUGAAGUGAAAGAAAGUGGAUGCCGUUUCAAGUUCGACUUUUCCAAAGUUUAUUGGAACUCAAGGUUACACACGGAACAUGAUCGCUUGGUCAAAUCAUUCAAAAAGGAUGAACUUGUGUGUGAUGUAUUUGCUGGUGUAGGCCCAUUUGCUGUUCCUGCUGCUAAAAAUGGUGUGACUGUAUAUGCAAAUGAUCUUAAUCCUGAAUCUUUCCGUUGGUUAAAAGAAAAUAAGACGCACAACAAGAUCCCUGAAAGUCGACUGAAAACAUACAAUAUGGACGGCCGUGAUUUUAUACGACAAGCAGUGAAGGAUUUAGCAAAAGUAAACGAAGGUAAAUGGAAAACAUUUGAUCAUUUUGUGAUGAAUUUGCCGGAAACUGCUAUCGACUUUUUGGAUGCUUUCCGUGGAUUAUAUCAAGAUCAAAAGGCACUAUACGAUUCUCUGGAUCCUUCUCCCAAACUUCCAACUGUCCAUUGUCAUUGUUUUACAAGAAGUGAUGAUCCUGCUCAAGAUAUUGCAAAGAGAGUGGAACAAGUCAUUGUAUCACCUUAUGAUGCUUCAAAAAGCAAUUUACAUUGGGUUCGAAAUGUUGCGCCAAAGAAGGAUAUGUAUUGUAUCUCCUUCCCAUUAACAGCAGAAAUGAUAUUUACAAAAAGUAAUGGAAAACGAAAACAAGAUCAAGUCGACGCAUUUGUAUCGCCAGAACCAUCCAAGAAAAAGUCAACCAAUUAGUUUAGAAUGAUAUAUCCGCACAUCUCCCUUGUAUAGAUACAUUAAUAAAAAGAAAAAAAGUACAUUAUUACCUCAUCCUCUUCCAUACUAUCUGUAAUACUCAAAAGAUAACAUGAUAUGUGAAAUGCUACUAUAGUAAUAAAAAUGAAAAAUUCAUCCUGU